CACUGUGUUUAUUUCCAGGCUUGAAUGUCCUGUAAAAUUCAUUUCCUUGUUCCAAACGCUUGAAUUGUGUGUCUUGAUUAAAAACACAGAUUGUCUGUCUGGGACAAGUGUGUAGAGGCCGCCUGUGUUUCCUAGAUGUAAUUUGAGAGAUUGGAUCAGAAUCAGUCUUAGAGAUGCCUUCAAUAAAAUCUGUACAUAGCAUCUACAGUCUGAUCCACCUACUGUCUGAUUCAAAUGCAGUCUGAUCACUUACAGUCUGAUCAUUUAGGGCUAUGUUAAAGCCCAGGGUGAAGCUCUGUUUCUUUCACACAGAGGAAUGUCGGUGACACACCCCACUGAUUGCAGUUCUGUUAGAUCUUUACAUGUACAGAGGUGAAGAGUGAAACCUAAGAGCGUUACACGAAGUUACAUCAUUACUCUCUCUCUCUCUCUCUCUCUCUCUCUCUCUCUCUCUCUCUCUCUCCUUCCUCCCUUUCCUGUAUGAACAGACCUCUGUUCACUCAGUCACUCUGCUCUCUCUCAGCAUGCAGUCUGUACUCCGAUAUCUGGACCUGGGUUCUGUGAGCCUGGCCGUGUUACUCGGCCUCGUCACUCUGGUUCUGCUCGAGAUCUUCAAGUUGAUUGCCUCGAAGAGCCGAUGUCCUCCUGGACCCACACCACUGCCCUUUGUGGGAAACCUGAUCCAGUUCAUGAAGGACCCGGUGAACACCACGAGAUCGACGUUGCAGUAUGGUGAGCUGUGCUCCAUGUAUGUGGGCCGGAGGCCGAUGAUCGUGCUGAAUACCUACGAGGUGGUGAAGGAGGCACUGGUUCAGAAAGGCAGUGUGUACUCCGGGAGGCCCUACAUGCCUUUAAUAGAGUGGAUCAGCAAUGGUUACGGUAUUGUUGCAGUCACAUACGGCCAUGCAUGGAGGCAGCAGCGGCGUUUUGCUCUCCACACAUUUCGUAACUUCGGUCUGGGGAAGAAGACGGUGGAGGAGCGAGUGGUAGAGGAAGCGCACUGUCUCAUUACAGAGAUGCUUAAACAUGAAGGGAAAGCCUUUAACCCCAUGCACCCCAUCAUGAAUGCCGUCUCCAACAUCAUCUGCUCCAUGGUCUUCGGAGAUCGCUUUGACUACGACAACAAGCGCUUCGCUAAACUCCUGGAAAUCCUGAACGAAAACAUUCGGCUCUCUGGCUCAGCUGUGGGACUGAUCUUCAACUUGAUCCCUUUUAUAAAAUAUUUGCCCGGCCCGCACCAGAAGGUCCGUCAGAACGCCAGCGCUUUAAUAGGGUUUAUCCGUGAAGUGAUGGAGGAGCACAGAGAGAAGCUGGACGAGGAGAACCUGCGCGACUACAUCGACGCAUACCUGGUGGAGAUAAGCAAGCAAGAGUCAAAAGAAGAUUCAACGUUUCAUGAGGAGAACCUGCUGAUGUCCACCGCUGACCUCUUCCUGGCAGGAACGGAGACCACAACCACCACUCUCAGAUGGGGUCUGAUUUUCAUGAUGAACCAUCCAGAGGUGCAAGAACGUUGUCAUGAGGAGAUCGUCCGUGUGCUCGGGUAUGAUCGCUCUCCCUGCAUGGAUGACCGCAUCAGGCUGCCCUACACUCACGCCACCGUACACGAGAUCCUGCGCUUCGGGAACAUCGUUCCACUCGGCGUGGUUCACCAAACUACAGAGGAGUCACAGCUACGGGGAUACACCAUCCCCAAGGGAACCGAGAUUGCACCCAAUUUAAUGGCCAUAAUGCAGGAUAAGGAGCACUGGAAACACCCGGAUACCUUUAACCCCGAGAACUUCCUGGACGAGAACGGCCAGUUCUGCAAAAAUGAGUUCUUCCUGGCGUUUUCUCUGGGUCCAAGGGUUUGUCUCGGCGAGUCCCUGGCGAGGACAGAGCUCUUCAUCUUCCUCACGUCUCUCCUACAGAAGCUGCAGUUCUCCUGGCCACCCGAUGCUCCGCCCAUUGACAUGGAUGGCAUUAUGGGUGUGAUCAGGAUGCCCUACAACUUCAGCAUAAUCUGCCGUAGUCGGGAGCGUUCUGUUCCAAGUUCACCCGUAACACCAUGAUGUUCUCCGUCACAUCACCGUUAUGUGAAACACUGCAACUAGCUUUUAUAUCUUUAUUAACACCAAGAAAUUAACAACGUUUCACAGAAUUUAAUAUUAAAUAUCUCACUUGGAGACUGUAGUGUCUUGUGUCAUCUCACAGAGUUUUUCCUCACUGCUCUCAUCUCUGGAUUUUCCUCAUGAACCAUAAUCGGAAAAAAGCUGCUUUGUGACGGUCACUGGUGCUAAUGAAAAUGGAGUGAGUGAGUCAGUGAGUGACAAACACAGACACUCAGAUCCAGGUUUUUGUUUAUUUUAAAAACUUGAAGAAAAAAGUUAUUUUUCA